UACAGCAGCAGGAAUACAAGUUAUAUCCUGUAUCUGUUCAGCAAUGGUAAAGUGUUUGGGUUAAAACUCUGUUGUUUGUGUUAAGACCUGUGAAAAAGGUGAAUAAUCAUCCAAGAAGUACCAAUAUGGCUGAGUACAAUACUCAACCACAAGGCUCCGAUAAGCUAAAUCAAGUACAGGACCAAGUCAAUGAUGUUAAAAUUAUCCUAAAAGACAACAUAAACAAAGUGCUUGAAAGAGGAGAAAGACUCGAUGACCUGAUCGAAAAAACAGAUGAUCUUCAAGCCACUGCUGACUCAUUUCAAAAGACCACAGUACGGGUUGCCAGAAAAUACUGGUGGAGAAAUACCAAAAUGAUGAUUAUUAUUGGAGUGGUAGUACUCGUCAUUGUUGUGCUGAUCAUUCUUAUGGCAACUGGAGUCAUUCCCUCAUAAUGUAAUCAGUUUCCUUGUUUCUUAUUCAGUGUAAACAUGGGGAUUAUGUUUAGGUGACAAUGUUUAUACUCAUUUUAUUACUUCUGGGUUACAAUGUUUGGCUGAUAACCUAUUUGAUAAAAUGUAAUGUACAGUAAGUUUGCACACCUUUAAAUCAACAUGUAAGACUAGGCAUAGAGCAUUUCACUGAUUUGAGCAAAAACGCUUCUGCAGUACAUGUUUAAGAUAGUGGGGUGGUGCAUAUCAAAAUGUUAAAGUAUGUAUCCCAGUUCAGACUGACAUAAAUUGUAUGCCCUGUGCCUCAAUAACUCUUACUUACCCUCAUUCAUCAAUUCAUACAUCACAUACUGACUUGUUCUAUAACUUAUGUUGAAUUUGCUGUGUUUGGUUGCAGGAUAUGCCUUGGUUGCACUAUUUUACUUCUUUAUUAAAUUUUAUUUGUGUUGUCUUAUUUAAAAAUGACCCACCACUGUGUUUAACUGCUAAAACGAUCCCUAAAUGAAAUUGAAAAUGAAACUUUAAAUUUGAUGACUUUACCUAGAGUGUCCACAAAGCUUCACAAAGUUUGUGAUGAAUGACAGGUUGUUUCUUAAUGAAAAAUACAUUUGGGGUUUAAAUUCCAAUUAGAGUUCUUUGUUUUUGGAGCUUAAUAAAGGUGGGUUAUUUUGGACCCCUAAGACAUUUUACACACGUUUUAUAGGCGACUUACAACCGAGAUGAAAUAAAAUUCAAGCAAUUGCAGGGUAGGAGCCUACAGUAAAACCAGCUAUCUUUAGAAGACAAGUUCAGUAUCUUAGCCGCUGAGCUAAUACUGCCCACAAGUAUGUUUUUGAUCCAACAACCUCUGGAUUAGGCCCAGCAUGCUUCCACUGCACCAGUCUGCAUUCUGAUCACCCCAAAUGGAACUCCAAACCUUAAUCCCUGGUUCAGGACGCCAGUGCCUUAUCCAUUAAGCCGCUAGUGCAGAAUGUUAAAGACUACAUGAAGGUUAAACAAAGACACUUGGACAUUUCAAUCUAAAGUUACAAGACCAAAUAGUUUAAAACAAAGCAGUGUGAGCUAUUCAAAUCAGAAUUUCACUUCAACACUACAAAACAUGACACUAAGUUAAUUGUUACCUCUGGCCUCCUCUAGACCUUUGAAACUUUACAAUGCCUUUACAGCUAUAAUUUAUAAUUACACAAGUAUUUUGAACUUGGUGAAGGAAGAGGUAGAGAAAGUUGUGGGUUUCCAAUUGCUUAAUCAUAUAUUGGGCUUUUUCAGUUAUGGUCCAUCCUGUGUCUAACUUUAACCUGCUUCACAAUGUUGUUCAGUUAAAUAUUAUGUUUUCUUAUCGUAUCUUUUACUGUAUUUCCUGGUUCACAAUAAGUUUUAUUAAUGAACUUGUGUUUUACACAGGACAUGAUUAGCAUGUAAAUACUGCUUACUGUACAGAAUGAAACUGUUUGUAAUAAAGACAUGCUUUCACAUG